AUGGAAGGUGUAAAUUUACUACUAGUCCUUCUUCUUGUAGCUAGUAGUACUAUAUUAGAUGGAUUGUUAUUAUGCAGAGCUAUGAAUUCAGACAUACUUUGUGAUGAAAAUGAAAAAAAUGCUCUUAUCAAGUUCAGACAGGGUUUCAGGGAUCCAUCACAGUCAAUGAUCAUGUCGUCUUGGAUGGUCGAGGAAAAUUGCUGCAACUGGAAAGGUGUUGAAUGUGACAACACAACCGGAUACGUGAUCACUCUUGACCUGCACCAGCAAUUCUUGCAAGGUGAGUUUGGGACUUACUUGCUUGGCUUGUCUCAUUUAAGACACUUAGACUUAAGCCAAAAUGAUUUCCUUGAGGCCUUGUUUCCUGAUUUCAUUUGCAAAUUUAAGUACCUAGAGUAUCUCAAUUUGCACAAAACCAAGUUUAGGGGAUCAAUCCCUGAGUGUCUUGGAAAUCUGUCGCGGUUGCAGUUACUUGAUCUUGGUGAUGGUUUAUCACUCCGGGUUGAUAGUCUUGAAUGGAUUCAGCAUCUUUCCAAUAUGAGGAUUCUUGACCUGAGUGGAGUUGACCUGAGCAAUGCCAAAAACUGGCUACAUGACAUCAAUUUCCUAAGGUCUCUCGUGGAAUUACGUUUGUCUUCUUGUCAGCUUCCUAAAUUGCUUCCUGUUUUUGUAAAUUUCACAUCCCUUCAGGUUCUUGACCUCUCGUUAAACUAUCUGGAUGUUCCAUUUCCUAGCUGGUUAGUCAAUACAAGCUCUCAGAGUCUUGUUUAUCUUAAUCUCAAAAGAAGUCUGCUGCAUGGUUUACUUCCAAAUACCGCCUUUGGAAACAUGUACUCACUUAGAGUUCUUGAUCUUUCUGACAACUCUAUCCGAGGAAAGCUUCCGUCUUUUGAGAACAUGACUUCAGUUACUUCUCUUGAUAUCUCAAGGAAUUCUCUUGUAGGCAAAUAA